UUCGCCUGUGUGCGUUUAGACGUCCGCCUUUUUUAUCUCCACAGGAAAAUAAACUCGUCAGGAAUUCAGUGGUCGCAAUCACAGCUCCAUCCGGCGGAGGAUACCGCUAUAAUGGGUGUUUUUCACGAAAGUGGACUUUAUAACAGUUUUCGUGCUCGCAGAUUCUGAUUAAAAAAAAAAAAAAACACAUUUUGACGCUGCUAGCUAACGUUAGUUCCCGCACGGUCCUGUGGUGUCGGUUUUAUCUUGGUGAGACUGCAAACGAGGUACAAGUAAUCUUACUGGGGUAGAGUCCUAAACAACAAACAUGUCUGGGGCUUCAGUAAAAGUCGCUGUCCGAGUUCGGCCCUUCAACUCCAGGGAGAUGAGCAAGGAGUCAAAAUGUAUCAUUCAGAUGCAAGGCAACACUACAACUAUUAUCAACCCCAAAGCCCCAAAGGAACCAGCAAAAACCUUCAGUUUUGAUUACUCCUACUGGUCACACACUACGCCGGAAGACCCCUCCUUUGCAUCACAGAACCUUGUGUACAAUGACAUUGGCAAAGAAAUGCUGCAGCAUGCUUUUGAGGGCUACAAUGUCUGCAUCUUUGCUUAUGGCCAGACAGGAGCUGGUAAAUCCUACACCAUGAUGGGCAAGCAGGAGGAGGGGCAGGAAGGAAUCAUUCCCAUGCUUUGUGAAGAUCUAUUUGAGAAAAUCAAUGAGGACUGCAACAAAGAAGAGCUUUCCUACUCAGUAGAGGUCAGUUACAUGGAGAUCUACUGUGAGCGGGUGCGAGAUUUGCUCAACCCCAAGAACAAAGGGAACCUACGAGUGCGAGAACACCCGCUACUGGGCCCCUAUGUAGAGGACCUGUCCAAACUAGCUGUCACCUCCUACACAGACAUUGCUGACCUAAUGGAUGCAGGCAACAAGGCCAGAACUGUGGCUGCCACCAACAUGAAUGAGACCAGCAGCAGGUCCCAUGCUGUUUUCACUAUCGUCUUCACACAGAGGAAACAUGACAGUGAGACAGACCUCUCCACAGAAAAGGUCAGUAAAAUUAGUCUGGUAGACUUGGCAGGGAGUGAACGAGCAGAUUCCACUGGAGCUAAGGGUACCAGGCUAAAGGAGGGAGCAAACAUCAACAAAUCUCUCACCACGUUAGGAAAGGUUAUCUCAGCCUUGGCUGAAGUGAGCAAGAAGAAGAAGAAGUCUGACUUCAUCCCAUACAGAGACUCGGUUCUGACAUGGCUGCUGAGGGAGAACCUGGGUGGAAACUCUAGAACAGCUAUGGUAGCUGCCCUCAGUCCUGCAGAUAUCAACUACGAUGAAACUCUCAGCACACUCCGCUAUGCUGACCGAGCCAAGAACAUCAAAUGUAAUGCUGUCAUCAAUGAGGAUCCCAACAAUAAGCUGGUGCGUGAGCUGAAGGAUGAAGUGGCCCGACUGAAGGAACUGCUCCGUGCCCAGGGCCUGGGAGACAUCCUGGACAUUGAUCCUAUGGGGGAUGAUUGCCCAGGAAGUGGAAUCAAAUCCCCUAUUGGUUCCCUGACAGCCUCACCAUCCUCUGGCUCACUGUGCAGCCAGGGGGGCCUGCAGUCGGUCACCAGCAUCCAAGAGCGCAUCAUGUCCACACCUGGAGGAGAGGAGGCCAUUGAAAGGCUCAAGGAAUCAGAAAAGAUCAUUGCCGAGCUCAAUGAAACCUGGGAAGAGAAACUGAGAAAGACUGAGGCAAUCCGCAUGGAGAGGGAGGCCUUGCUUGCAGAAAUGGGUGUGGCAAUCCGUGAAGAUGGAGGCACAUUGGGCGUAUUCUCUCCUAAAAAGACUCCACAUCUGGUUAACCUGAAUGAGGAUCCUCUCAUGUCAGAGUGUCUGCUCUACUACAUCAAAGACGGAAUUACAAGGGUGGGUCAGGCCGACGCUGAAAGACGACAAGACAUUGUUUUAAGUGGUGCUCAUAUCAAGGAAGAGCACUGCAUCUUCCGCAGCGAGAGGAAUGCCAAUGGAGAUGUUAUCGUCAUGCUGGUGCCCUGUGAGGGAUCAGAAACCUACGUCAAUGGCAAGCGUGUUGAAGAUGCGAUCCAGCUCCGUUCAGGUAACCGUAUCAUUAUGGGAAAGAACCAUGUGUUCCGGUUCAACCACCCAGAACAGGCCAGAGCUGAAAGGGAGAAGACGCCAUCUGCUGAAACCCCCGUGGAGCCGGUGGAUUGGACCUUUGCUCAGAGAGAGCUUCUGGAGAAGCAGGGCAUUGACAUGAAGCAGGAAAUGGAGAAAAGACUCACUGAGAUGGAAAUCUUGUACAAGAAGGAGAAGGAAGAAGCAGACCAACUUCUGGAGCAACAGCGACUGGUUUACGAGAGCAAAUUGCAAGAACUUCAAAAACAGGUGGACACUCGUUCGCUGGUAGCGGAGACACCUGAUGAGGAAGAGCUGGAGGAGGAGGAGGAAGAGGAAGAGCCUAAACUACUGGGAUUGCCGUGGACUCAGCAUGAGUUUGAGAUGGCACAGUGGGCCUUCAGGAAGUGGAGGUACCAUCAGUUCACCUCCCUCCGUGACCAGCUGUGGGGAAAUGCUGUCUACCUGAAGGAGGCCAACGCCAUUAGUGUGGAGCUAAAGAAGAAAGUCCAGUUCCAGUUUGUCUUGCUGACCGACACGCUGUACUCUCCGCUGCCCCCUGAGCUACUGCCAACAGAGCCAGAGAAAGAACGUGACCCCAGGCCUUUCCCCCGCACCGUGGUGGCUGUAGAGGUUCAGGACCUAAAGAAUGGAGCCACGCACUACUGGUCCCUUGAUAAACUCAAGCAGAGGCUGGACCAGAUGAGAGAGAUGUAUGACCGUGCUGGCGAAAUGGCCUCCACACACCAGGAGGACGGCGAGGGCACUCUGACAGGAAAUGAUCCAUUCUAUGACCGUUUCCACUGGUUUAAACUAGUGGGGAGCUCCCCCAUCUUCCACGGUUGCGUUAAUGAGCACCUGGCCGACCGCACGCCCUCGCCUACGUUCUCCACCACUGACUCUGAGAUCACCGAGCUGGCGGACGAGCGACAGAGCGAGAUGUCUGAUUUGAUUGACGAUGAGGCAUUUGUGGAUGACACCAGCUCGGAUGCCGGCACCGAGGAGGGAUCGGACAUCUUCAGCGACGGCCAAGACCCCUUCUAUGACCGCUCCCCCUGGUUCAUCCUGGUGGGAAGAGCUUUCGUGUACCUGAGUAACCUGCUGUACCCUGUACCACUGGUUCACCGUGUUGCCAUAGUAACAGAGAAGGGCGCGGUGCGUGGUUUCCUGCGCGUGGGGGUCCAGGCUAUAGCUGCUGACGAGGAGGCUCCAGACUACGGGUCAGGAGUUAGACAGUCAGGAACCGCCAAGAUUUCCUUUGAUGAUGAGUACUUCAAAAAGAAUGACUUUCCCUCCGCGGUUAUGACCCGUUCUGGCUUGUCCCUGGAAGAGCUGCGCAUUGUCGAAGGUCAGGGUCAGAGUUCAGAGGUCAUCACAGCCUCAGAGGAGCUCAACAGAAUCAAUGACAUGGACCUCAAGCUGAGUAACAUCGCAGAGACCAAACUGAGUCAUGGUGACGGUCUGGCAGGCCAGCUGGAGGUGGGCAGCAUCUUUACCUUCCGUGUUACUGUGCUCCAGGCCAGCGGCAUCCUGCCUGAGUAUGCUGACAUCUUCUGCCAAUUCAACUUCCUUCAUCGUCAUGAUGAGGCUUUUUCUACUGAGCCUCUGAAGAACACCGGCAAAGGAGCUCCUCUGGGCUUUUACCACGUCCAGAAUAUUUCAGUGGAAGUCACAGAGUCCUUUAUUGAGUAUAUCAAGAGCAAGCCCAUUGUGUUUGAAGUGUUUGGCCAUUACCAACAGCACCCACUGCAUCUUCAUGGACAGGACCUGAUCAGUCCACCAACACCAUCAAGGAAAUACUAUCCUAUUCCCAUGCCUCUGUCUAAACCAGUUCCAGCCACCAAGUUAAACACCAUCACCAAGUCCAACCUGGGUCAGUGCGUCAGCAAGUACGACCUGCUGGUCUGGUUUGAGAUCAGCGAGCUUGAGCCCACUGGAGAGUACAUCCCAGCUGUAGUGGAUCAUAGUGGGGGACUGCCCUGCCAGGGCACCUACCUCCUGCACCAGGGAAUCCAGCGGAGGAUCACUGUGACUCUCAUCCAUGAGAAGGGCAGCGAGCUCCACUGGAAGGACGUCCGCGAGCUGGUCGUGGGUCGUAUCAGGAACAAAGCUGAAGUGGAUGAUAGCGCUGCUGAUGCUGUCCUGUCCCUCAACAUCAUUUCUGCCAAGAACAUCAAGUCGUCCCACAACUCCAACAGGACUUUCUACCGCUUCGAGGCAGUGUGGGACAGCUCCCUUCACAACUCCCUCCUGCUAAACCGAGUCACUCCUUAUGGAGAGAAGAUCUUCAUGACCCUGUCUGCGUAUCUGGAGCUUGACCACUGCAUCCAGCCUGCUAUUAUUACCAAAGACAUCUGCAUGGUCUUCUACUCCCGAGACGCAAAGAUCUCCCCUCCUCGUUCCCUCAGGAACCUCUUUGGGAGUGGUUACUCCAAAACUCCUGACUGCAACCGAGUGACUGGCAUCUACGAGCUGAGCUUGUGCAAGAUGUCUGAUACUGGAAGCCCAGGGAUGCAGCGGAGAAGGAGGAAGGUCCUGGACACGUCGGUGGCUUAUGUGCGUGGAGAGGAGAACCUGGCCGGCUGGAGGCCCAGGGGAGACAGUCUCAUCCUGGAGCACCAAUGGGAGCUGGAGAAAAUGGAGCAGCUGCAUGAGGUGGAGAAGACCCGUCACCUGCUCCUGCUGAGGGAGAGGCUUGGAGAGGCGGCUCCAGUGGGAACAGCUCCCACCACCAAGUCCCUGAGCGAGUCGCUGUCCCCGAGCAUGAGCUCCGGCACCCUGUCCACCUCCACCUCCAUCUCCUCGCAGAUCUCAAGCACCACCUUCGAAAGCGCUAUCACGCCCAGCGAGAGCAGCGGCUACGACUCCACUGACAUCGAGAGCCUCGUAGAUCGUGAGAAGGAGCUGGCCACUAAGUGCCUGCGCCUCCUGACACACACCUUCAACAGUGAAUACAACCAGCUGGUCAACAGCAUCAGUGACUGUAAGCUGUCUGACAUCUCACCCAUCGGACGUGAUCCGUCAGUGACCAGCUUUAGCAGCGCCACCCUCACCCCCUCCUCCACCUGUCCGUCUCUGUCCGACUCACGCUGUGGCUCCAUAGACCAGAAGACCCCAGAGAACAGCUCCCGUGCCUCCAGUCCCUCCUGCUCAGACUAUGAAAACUUCCCGAUGGUUCCCAGUCUGGAGACCUCCUACCUAGCAAGGGCCGGAAAGAAUGAGUUCCUCAACUUGGUGCCUGAUAUUGAAGAAAUGAGGCCAGGAUCUGUUGUGUCCAAGAAGGGUUUCCUCAGCUUCAUGGAGCCGCGCUCUAACUCGUGGGUGAAGCACUUUGUGGUUGUGCGCCGGCCCUAUGUCUUCAUCUACAACAGCGACAAGGACCCAGUGGAGCGGGGCGUCCUCAACCUCUCAACAGCACAGGUGGAAUACAGUGAAGACCAGCAAGCCAUGCUCAAGACUCCCAACACGUUUGCCGUGUGCACAAAACAUCGAGGAAUCCUGCUGCAGGCCAACAAUGAGAAAGACAUGAACGACUGGCUGUACGCUUUUAAUCCUCUGCUAGCAGGAACGAUAAGGUCUAAGCUGGCGAGGAGGCGCAGUGGCCUAAUGAAGAACUAAGUGGCACGCAGGAAACCACGGCUUCCCUGCUUUCUGAAAAGCCUUCGAUCGUACCGAGUGUUAACACUUAUUAAUCAUUGUGAUUCUUGACAGUUUUCUCUUGUAAGUAGACUUGUGGCUUAAGUCUCCUUUCAUGCGCCUAAAAGUUUCAGUUCCAGAGAAAUUUGCCUCCCUUCUCCUUCCAACAACCCUCUGCCAACGUAGCUUUCCUCCUCUCUAUUUCUCUCCCCCACCUCCUCCUCAGCUUUUUGUGUUUUCGUUUUUAUGACAAUGUUUGCGUCUAAUUUUUUUCUGCUUCAUUGUCAUUCCCUAACUCCCUAAUUAGUAGCAUGUUGUAAUAGUCUACUUGUGUGUGCACGAUUCUUCAGAAACUGUUCUUUCUGGCCACUAAUUUUUCAGUUUGCCAAUCAUCUGUAAAAAUUGUCUCUAUCAGUGUUAUUUGUCUCCCGACAAGAGUUUUAUUUUGUUUGAUUUUUGUUUUUUGUUUUUUUUAAUUAAUAUGCCCGCAUGAUAACUGCAGCAGUCCUCAGGAGAACACCAGGUUUGCUUACUCAAAAAAAAGAAAAAAUUAAUCAGAUAAUUACAGUUGAAACCAUGAAGAGAAAAUAUACAAACAUCUCCUAAUGACGUACCAGUUUACGCUCUGCUACAGAAUGCAGGGCUACUUCAAGAACUAUUGCUGCUAAUGAAUUCCUAGGUUUUUUUUCUUCUCUUCGAGAGAUCUGCAUCAGGCCUCUUCCUAAAGUAGACUCUAGCUCCCCUGUGCCGCUUCCUAAACAGCCUUUAGAAUCAAAAUGUGAAAAAUUUGUCAAGGUCCCAACUCAGCGAGACGCGAGGGCAGCACUGGAUUUCCACUGUCACCCAUGUGAUAUUUAGAUCCCACUCCUCAGUCUGUGUACAUACACCACCUCCAACCCCCCGAUAGUGCCGUCAGUCAGUCAGUGAGUAAUUACUUACAAUCAUGCAUAUGUGUCAACAUUAAAAGAUACACGCUAAAUGCAGAGACAUGCGAAAACAAAUGAAGAUGAAUUCAUAUCUCAGCGGUGAAAACUUGACGAUGGAUUGCUCAUUUGUCUCUUUCCUUUUGCCAUUUCAUCUCAAGAAAAAAGCGUUUCAAGGAGAUGAUGAGGAGUAAGAGGAGGAGCAAGAUGGACAGUACCUUAAAAAGAGAAUAGCAUUUGUACAUACAGUCUGUUCUGGGAUCAGCGUGGUAGUUAACUCUCAUUUAAGACAUUCCUCGCAGCUCCUCGAGCUCUUAGCGUUUUUUCUUACACUGACAUUUUGAGCCUCAGACCUUGAGAGGGUCUCGGCGUUUGCUAAUAUUUUAUUUAACCAUUUCGAACAUGUGAUACUGAAGACAAAACACAACACGGUGAUACGGGAGGAAGAAGUAAGACGGAGAAUGAAGCUGCAAUGCUUUAGCCUCGACGCCAGUGGUUAAUUGAUGAAGCUGCAAGCACAUAGCCUGCAGGACAUAAUAAUACAGUCUACCCCAUGACUCCCCCUCAGUCACACCAGUGUCGGGCAAAACCUCUGUAAAGUGAGAAACUUAAUGUUCAGAAGCACCACCACUUACCAUGUGUUCAUUUUCUGUUUGUGUUCUUGAAUUGAAACCUCUUAACUCAUCUAACCUUCACUGGUUUGACAUUGUGUUUUUUCUUUUUUUUUUUAAAUUAUUA